ACUAUUUCCUCUCUCUGUCUAUACUUGUUCUACAUAAUUUAUGAGCUUAAAAGACGGUUCCGAUAUAUGAUUUUUUACACGAUCAGUAUUUUAAAACGUAGGACACAAAGUACCAUUAAACGUAUAUCUUGUACAUCGUUUGUGAUACAAGCAAUUACGUUUUGCAGUUAGGAAAGAGUAGGGAUUCAUUCAACCAAUCAGCCGCAAAGUGAUAACUACUGAUUCUGAAUAGGACAGAGUGAGUCGAGUGUUUACCGUCCGUAUUUACUAUUACUACGAUAUUACUAAGUUAAGUUUAUAAAAAAUCAAGAUAUCAAUAUUUCUGCGUACGCAUUACGGUACGAUAUCUGAUCGAAUCUCCAUGUCACGUAUACUACGAGUGUUGAUCUUCGACUAACCUCUGACACGGUGUAUGUCGUCCGUAAAAAUGGAUAAAAGCAAAUUGGAUACAUCUAGGUCAGGGUAUCGUGAGGAUAUCUCUAGUCAUUCUAAGAAAAAUAAGAAAAGAUCCAGUAAAAAAAAUAACAUACUUGGUUUAUGGAUGAAUAACAUGCAAAACAAUCAAAAUAACGACAUGGUACCUGGAAUGGAGUAUCAACAUUUAUUAUGGCAGUCCAAUGUACAACAAAACUUUUCGAACAAUGGACAGCGUCUUUUUACAACAACAUCCGAUCCUAGCAUGUGCGGUUAUACACAGAUGCCCAUGACAUAUACCAUGGAACCUGUUUCACUUCCAACCAUGUAUAGGCUAUAUCAACCAGUACCGUUUUCUGGCAUUAGAACCGUUCAUGGUAGACCUAGACGGCAUUGUAAUCAAAAUUUUCCAAUGAAUUUGAGUAUGAAUUCUAUGGGAAAUGGUUACUCAAGUUUACAAGAAAAUGGAGUAGAAUCUUCCGUGCCUAUUAAUUAUCAAAAUGGAGAUUACGCAAGCUUGCCACCUACCGGUAACAAGAAUAAUGAAAUAAAUGGGGAUGAGCCAAAUUCAGAGCAUCGAAGGUACUCGGAUCCUGGUCUUGGAUCUGCAGAAGCUCCGAUUCAAACUCAGAGCGAAGAUUCUGAUAGCAUUGAUAGUGGAAGCUCCAUUACUACAGUUGGACGUAGCAAUAAACUUGUCUUAUCUCUUAUCGAACAGAUGACAGAACUGAAAAAAGGCAAUAGUCAAUUGUUCAAAGAAUUAAAUGAAACAAAAUCGGAACUAGGCAGUAUGAAAGCAAAACUAGCACAAUGUAAAUAUAGCAGCUCUUCAGAUUAUCAACCAGGAAUGUUAUCAGAUUUUAUUCGCGAAAUUAGACAAGCCAACAAAACGUGCGAGGAGGGAUUGAUUUCGAAAGUAAAAUCUAUGAUGGAGGAAAAAUUAAACCAAAGGUCGUUAGAAGUGGCAAAUUUAAACAAUCGAAUAAUAAAAUUAACGGAAGAAAAGGAGGAAAGCGACAGAAGAAUAGCAAAAUUGGAGGAGGAAGUGGCAAUGUUGAAGCUGAAUGCAAACAACGAAGGCCGCGAGAUCGCCGCGUUCGAGGAAGAAACUCUGGCGCUGAGACGGGAGCUGCAGGAGGCCCGGGCGUCCAAGUGUCUGGCCGAGAGUCACGUGGCAAAGUGCGUAAACGCAGCAUCAGCCUCGCAGCCUGUCGCUACUUUCCAUACUACGCAAUCCUACGUAACCAGCACCCCCGUGCGUACCGCUCUAUCCGACACCUCUAGCCUCAUCCCUCCACCGCCAUCGUCAUCGACAUCGUCGUCGAUGUCCUUGGUCCCCCAACACCUCGCCUCGUUACUGCGUUCCCGAAACAACACGGAUCUGGCUCACCACCAUUUCGUCCCGGACAAUCCGAUCGUUUAUCGAACCGCUGAUUGUAGCACCACGGAUACCACCAACCCCGUCGCAACCUCCUCUUGCCCGUUGGACAAGGAUCAGGGCCCGACGAUCGUUUCGAGCAUCGACGAUCCAUCCUCUUCCUUAAUAAUGGCCACCUGUUUGGAAGAGAGUAGUAACGCUACCAGCAGUUCGGAAUUUUCCUCGUUGGGGGGAGGUGGGAGCAAGGUGGAGCGAGAUCGAGUCGAGAAGAAGAAGGAGGAGGAGGAGGAGGAGGAUGGGAAGAGCGUGGAGGAAGAGAAGAAUACGACGAAAGGAAGGAACGACGAGGACGACGAGGCGUUAGAUUGCACGAAGAAGAAUCAGGAGACGAAGAGAGCGAAAGCGACGAGGAAAGAGGAGGAAUCGGGGCGCGGUAACAACAGCAAUAAUAAUAAUAAUCAUCAUCAGCAGCAGCAGCAUCAGCGAGGGGGAUGGAAGAAGUCGGGGAGGAAGAAGAGGGGUGGCUUGGCGUCGAGGAGAUGGUUGAGCGAGGCGGACAAGGUGGCGGAGAGGAACGAGAUGGGGGGGAGAGACGCGAGGAGAACGGUGAGCAAGGGCAAGGAAGAUCGGGAUGGUUGUCUCGAUGGCGGCGACGACGACGUCGACGGCGACGAAACGAGCCGAGCCAUCACCGAGAUCCCGGAAGUGGCCGUAGUCGGUGGUGGCUCCUUCGUGCCGAAAGAUCUCUGCUCGACGGGAAUCCUGACCUCCAGAGUCCUGACAGCACCUUCACGCGCUACCUACACCACCGCCUACAUUUAGGCUACGUACGCGCGGGGCCCCUGCCAAUCAAACGCGAACCAACGAUCGCCGUUGAGCAAGGGGGGCUUCAAGGGCUUGCUAGAGGCUACUACUAUGUACAUGUC